UCGGCUGAAACCCAGCUGAUGCGGAAAGUUGUCAACCGUCUUGUCACAGCUUGUGAUGUGUCCUGUUUUGUGCUGUGAAUAGUUCGCCGGUAAAACAGGAGCCUUAAGGAGACGAGAUGCAGAAUGUCCAGGAUCGAGUUAUCCAGAAGAUCAACCGAGAGAUCGGUUCCGAUAUCCAGAACUUCCACAAAUCAGUGUAUCUUGUCCAGCACUACAGGCAGAAAUUCCACGACAUAGAAGGCAAACUUGAUUUUGCAAACGACAACUAUUCUUCCAACAUUAAAAUCGCGUUGAAGAAGCAAGAGAAGGCGAAGCAGACGAUCGAUUUCGAAAUUGCUAAAAUCGAUGACUUUGAUGAGAAACUUGGGAAGAAAUGCAAGGAGUCGAAAAAGUUGUUGGAGGACCUGUCGCCUACGUUGGACAAUGUGAAGCAGUUGGAGAAUUUGGUGGAGUACUUGAGAAUUGUGCAGGACAUCCAAGAGAUCAACAAUGCCUUGUCGUCGGCUAUAAAAGGGAAGGACGAAACGAAGAUAGUGAGCCUGUAUCUGUCGCUGAACGGUGAAAUGAACUCGAAUAAUAGCAUAGUGGGCAGAUUGCAGAACGUGGAGGCGCAUCACAUGAAAACCUAUGCGACUAGGACGGCUGUCUAUUGGUAUGAGAAUAUAAAGGAGAAGUUUUCGAGUGAGUUAAUGGCCGUAUUGAAACAAAUUAAAUGGCCCCAUAAAGAACAAGUUUUAGAAACUUUUUCGCCAUCGAAGGAGAAUUUGAAUAAAAUGACCACAUUGGCGGAAUAUUUGUUUUUGAUUCGUUCGCCGUUCGAAGAUUCCGAUGAGCUCGUAGUUAUUACUCCAUCAAUUGUAUGUCCACCGAUCUCUAUAACAAAUGAAGUUCUCCUGCGUCAAUUCAGGCAACGUUUUUUCUAUCACUUUACCGGUUCGCGACAAACAAAUCGUUUGGAUAAGCCUGAGUGGUAUUUCACGCAAAUUCUCAAUUGGGCUAAGGAUAAUCAUCUGUUCGUGGGAAAACACUUUCAACCGGCAGCUGUACGUGCAGGACAUGUUAAUUACAAUGUCCGGCUUGAAUUUGUGAGAGGAUUAGUUCAACUAGCUAUCGAAAAAAUGGCAAUUGACAUAGAAGUGAUAAGCCGAGAUGAACAUCUUUUUGCCCAUCUUUUGGACGAGACUCUCGCUUUUGAACACGAACUAAGAGAUAGUAUUGGCUACCCAGCAAGUUUUCCAAGUGCAAUUUCUGUAAUAACCCAACCUCAAUACUUACUCAAAUGGAUAUCUAUUGAGGAACGAUUUUCAGCUGAUAAAAUGGAUUUCAUGCUGCAAAGUCCAGGUGCAUGGGAGUUUACUGAUCCUUGCAACUUGGAAGAAUUGAAAAUUCCAAAAUGUGCCGACCAUUUUAUUCGCCUGCUAGACGCUAUCAAAGAUCGUUACAGUUGCCUGACACAACCGGGCCACCAAAUGCAAUUUCUCAAUCUGCAGUUGGAGUUGAUAGAUAAUUUCCGUCGUCGUCUGGCACAACUUGAUGGAUGCGGAAGUGUAGAUAGGCCUAAAAUAUUGAAUGCUAUAAAUUAUAUAACAUCGGUGCUACGUGAGUGGGGAGAGAAUGUCCACUACUUACAUUUACACGCUGCCUUAGUUGGUCCCCAUGCAACAGAGAUCGAAUCCGUUUUCGAUACACCGGUUGAUGAGCUGGAGCAGUGGCAAAGAAAACUAGUCAAAGAACUUGCUUCAAAAUUGGUGGAUGAAAUAAAAGCAAAGUCAAUGGCAUACCGACAUGAUAAUUGGGUCAGUUUUGCGGAGCAAAAUUCGAAAGAACCAUUCAUACUUUCCACGACAGCUGGAGAAAUGUUUCAGGUUAUGAUGACUACUCUUCAUAACUUAGAGAAUGAUUUAUCGAUGAAUUUGUUCAUUAUCACCCUGCGUUUAAUAGCACAUCAUUUGGAUGACUUCUUCAUUGAUAGUAUGGUCAUGAAUACGAAAUUUUCAGUUGGGGGAGCAUCACAGUUUCAGUACGAUAUGACAAGAAAUUUAUUCCCCUUAUUCGGACAGUAUGUUCGACGCUCGGAUCUUUUAUUUAAGAAAAUUAACGACGCUUGCAUAUUACUUUGUAUGCCCAUGGGCAACGCUAUACUCUUACGUCAAACGCUAAAGGAUAAUUCCGAUAACGAUGCAAAAUUCAAAGCUUUGAAGGAACUUGGUGUGCUAAAUUUCCAGCCUGAAACUUGCAUUGAUAUUCUGGAGAGGCGGACAGAUAUCCGAACUUUUUAAUAACAAUAUUAACAGGCAUUUUUCUAUGUUGAGCAUGACUAAUUGUAUACUUAAGUGAAACACAAUACAAUUGUUGGUUAUAUCCUUUGUAAAUUUUGUUCGGUAUUUAUUAAUAAGCGAUUUUAUAUAAAAAUGA